AUGCAGAGCAGUGCUGCCACGCUUCCACAUCAGUUCAAAGGGGCCAGGAGCUCUGGCCGCUACAGUAGCGGGGAUAGUGACCAGGAGCUCCAGGUUCCUAUGAAUCUCCGGGAGCUGGAGGAAGAAGAUCCAGUCCUGCUCAUGUUUUCCUUGCACCUGUAUUCCUUUACACCUGUAUUCCAAUCUGCCAAAUCAAACUGCUGGAAAUGGAAUAGAAGCUGCAGGGGACGGUGCAUGAUGCCAGCCGACAAUCACAGCGUUUUUACCCCCGUCACCUUCAUCCUGACCGGGUUCCCGAGUACGGAGGAGUCUCAGGUCUGGCUCGCCGUCGCCUUCUGUCUGAUGUACGUUGCGGCACUUCUGGGGAACUCUCUGCUUCUCUACAUCAUAGCGACAGAGCGAAGCCUGCAUGAGCCCAUGUACCUUUUCCUCUCCAUGCUGGCUGCUGCUGAUCUGCUGUUGUCCACCACCACAGUGCCCAAGAUGCUGGCCUUGUUCUGCUUUGGUGCAGGGGAAAUUUCUUUUGCUGCCUGCCUCACCCAGAUAUUCUUCGUCCAUUUGAGUUUUAUCGCCGAGUCGGGCAUCCUGGUGGCCAUGGCGUUUGAUCGGUACGUUGCCAUCUGCAACCCCCUGAGAUACACCACCCUGCUCUCCAAGCCUGUGAUCGGGAAGAUCGGGCUGGCGGUUCUCACAAGGAGUUUCUGUUUCGCUUUCCCCAUUUUCUUUCUCAUGACGCGAAUGAAGAUCUGCGGAAAUUACCUCCUGCCUCACAUCUAUUGCGAGUACAUGAUAAUAACCCGGCUGGCCUGCGACAACAUCACAAUCAACAUCUGGUACGACUUAGCCAAGGCUAUUUCAGUAAUCGGCUUGGACGCUGUCCUCAUUGCUGUGUCCUAUGUGCUGAUCCUCAGGGCCGUCUUCCAGCGCCGGUACCAGGGUGCCCGUCUCAAGGCUCUGCGCACCUGUGGCUCCCACAUCUGUGUCAUACUGUUGUACUAUGUGCCAACUUUUGUCUCCUUCUACGAAUACCAAUUUGAACAAAUCAGUCAUGGUAAUACUAUCAACCUCCUGGCCAACAUCUCUGUGCUCCUUCUCCCCAUGUUAAACCCCGUUAUUUAUGGGAUGAUGACAAAAGAGAUCCUGAAGCGGGUGAUCAAGAUGUUUUUUUUUUGA